ACUUCCCCUUCUUUUACGCACCUUCAUUUUCACAAUUUGGAUUUUUCUUCUCUCUUUACUCGACGCCGCUCGCUCGCGCUCUCUCUCUUUCUCUUGCCUACAUUUUGCGAUGGUUUGUUCACCAAUUCAGCUCUUUCUUUCCUCUGUUUUCUCUUAGUUUCAGACCAUAUCAGACCACUUUUUUGCUUUUUCAACCAAAUUAAGAUCUUAGUAUUGAGUUUUUCAAACCAUCUCUAAUUAAUUCUUCAUUCACUUUGAACUCAAGAGAGCGAGUGGCAAAAUCGUGCAAUUGAAGAGGAUUACGGCAAAUCAAGAAGAGCUAGUAUUAGAGAAGAAAUGGAUUGUGAUAAUAAAGGCAGGGAUUUUGAUGAUAAUACCUUUGAAAGGCAACAAAGGAGGCCAGAAGCUUCCAUUUCCCAAAGACGUUUCAAGAAAAUCAGAAGUCCCGAACGCCAAUACAGCUAUUCUCAAUCUUCUUCUUACUCUCACCAACAGCUUUCACAAUCCUCUCUUCCUUAUAAUAAUCCCAUAUCUAUGUCAUUUCCUCCUCCUCCCUCCUCAAAGCUUGUUUUUCCUUUUUCUUUUGACGCAACACAACAGUCAACAGAAAAUUUAUAUCAAAUCAGACCAAACACAACUCCUCUGUUUCCCCCCCAGUAUCAAAAUCAGCAGCAAAUGAUCUCAUUUUCACCUCAACAAUGCCCUUACCCUCCCUAUUUUGCAGGACAAUCACAGAAUCAGCAGCAACUGUUGCAGUACUGGAAUGAAACGCUAAAUUUAAGUCCGAGGGGAAGAAUGAUGAUGAUGAGCAGAUUAGGGCAAGAUAGUAAGGGUUUGUUUAGGCCGCAAUUGCAACCUAUUAAUACGACGAAGCUUUACAGAGGAGUGAGACAGAGACAUUGGGGUAAAUGGGUUGCUGAAAUUCGUCUUCCUCGAAAUCGGACUCGUCUUUGGCUUGGUACUUUUGAUACAGCUGAAGAUGCAGCUAUGGCUUAUGAUCGCGAGGCGUUUAAGCUUAGAGGAGAGAAUGCUAAGCUCAAUUUCCCUGAACUAUUUCUUGGUAAAGACAGAGAGGGACCGUCGAUAGAAAGUGUUGAAUCAAAGCAGCCUGAUCAAGAAUCAGAAAGCCUUCAGUUGGAACCUUUAAAUAUAGAGUUACUACCUCCGCCCCCGCCACCACCUGAAGUUGACAAUCAAGACGAGGACUCGGGAAUAGGAUCGAGCGAGGUGACUGCUUGUGAUGAAGUUCAAGGUGUAUCAUUACAAUCAACUGAAUUGGUAUGGGGUGAAAAUGAAAUGGCUGAGGCUUGGUUUAAUGCAAUACCAGCAGGUUGGGGUCCAGGAAGUCCAGUUUGGGAUGAUUUAGACACAAAUAAUAACUUCAUUUUUCCUCCUAAUUUUCACUUUGGGAAUGUUCAUACUCAUAAUUCUGAUCCUCACAAUCAGCAUAUUCAUGAUAAUACUGAUCCAUCUUCGCCUUCUUGUCCUAUGAGACCUUUCUUUUGAAAAUGUUCCACACUUGUCAUACAUAUAUAGGUGUUUUUCACGCGUUGGCCAUUGGAGAUCUGUUUUUAAAUGAUUUCCUCGGAUUUCUGGCUAAACCAGUGAGUUUAUGUUGCAUCUUUGUUCAUCUCUUUUCCUAUGGUUGCAGUUUUUAGCCUGCAAUUAGGAAGAUUUUAACUCUUUACUUGACUAUCCCUUGCCCUUAGUUGUCAUGUCCGCAAAAUGGCUGCAUAUUUAAGGCCAUUCUUGCAAUGACAACUUUUCUUGUUUAUUUCUUCGUGAGACAAAUAUAUCAGUAUUUAGUUGGUCAUGUCCUUAUAUAUUUUUGCAUUGGCAGUGUUUGAUUUAGUGUAGUAGGUUUGCCUUAGUACCAAUGUCAAGAGAGACAGUUUUAUGAUCUACUCUUGACGGUCACAAGCUUAAUUUUUGAUUUGCGAGGAUGGAGAAAAUAGCUACACAAGUGUCUGUAUGUAUAUGUUUGAUCUAUAUGCUAGUAUAUAUGUUGUUAUUUAUUGAAAGUAUUAGUUCAGCAUUUCCUCUUCUGUAUUA